UUACUCUCAGUGGAAUUUUCGUCGUGUUCGCUUCGUUACGGAUAUUUGAAAUCUUAUUUACCAAUCACCUUUUAACAUUUAAAAAUUCAAUUUUGCUACAGCUUUACUAAAAGUUUAUAUACAACUUGCCCAAUAAGUUGAACAAAAACACAAAUAUUGAAUUGUGAAAGAAACUUGAAUUGGAACACGAACUGCAGCGCGCUAAUCAAGCCCUUUCAUACAUACGAACGUAUGUGUGUAUAAGUGCAUUGCAGGCUCCAAUUUCUUAACUGGGAGGGUGUUUGAUAGGCAUAUUUUGCUAUAAACGCCGUCGCAUCGGUGAUUUUACGAUAUUUUUUGCAAGUUAUUUACAUUGAAAGUGAAUGGUUGAAAAUAAAAAGAAACAUAUACAUCUAAAGUUAUUUUGCAAUUGCAUUUUGUGUGCAUUCUAUUGCGAACUAACACACGCGUAGCAGAGAACACACAUUCGCAUACACAUAAAACCCCCCCCCUAUAUACAGACGAAUCUCAACGUCAAAAGCAAGUUGCCAAACAAAAACAAAACAGGCUCCAGCAAUUGCAGCGCGCCAACAUCGCCGUCGACGUAGCUGCAUUUAGCCCAGCGUCGACGUUGUUUUUGUUGUUGUCGCCGCGAGUGUAAGGCCGCAAACGGACAAGAGCACAAAACGCAAUCAAAAAGUAUACACGCUGAGCCGAUCAUAACGGAAGUAGGCGAACACAACAAGGAACACAAGGAAAGUGUAGCACCUGGUCACACAGUACAAUCAGCCGACUAACAGAACUCUGAAAAUCAAAGAGAAAUAUUGAAAAAGAGAUAGAGAGAGAGAGAGAGACAGAAAUAAAGGUUGAAAGAGAGGCAACUGUGUUUCUUACUCUAACUGUUGUUGUGCACUCCAACUAGGAGCAGCAGUGAGAAGAGCAAGAGAGAGGCAGAAAGGGAGUAAACCAAAGGAAGAUCCGAACGUACAUAUAGUGUAAAAGAGAGUCGAGAGAGGGUCAGAGAGAGAGAGAGAGAGAACAGAUAAAGAGAGCGAGGGAGAGAGAGAGAGAGAGAGAGAGAUAGAUACCAACAGUAUGGAGUUAGAGUCCAAUAUUAAUAAGAAAGCCAACGGGGACGUCUCCGCCAACGACGGUGGCUCCGACUCAAAGGAAAGCUCCGUGGAACGAGAGCUUAAUGGCGAAAUUGAGGCGGUGGAGUUGAACGGUAGCUCCUCCAAUGGCCAUCUAGGCGGGCUCAUUAAGAAGCCGCUGCCUGUGGGCGAUGGUCACGAUGGGCGCAUCAAACGCAAGGCCAAACGCCUCAUCCAAAGACAAAACAGCGGCAGCGGCGGCAGCGGCAGUGGCACCUCAGCCACAGCGCUGACCAAUGGCGUCGCUGCUGCUGUUGGGGCUGGUGCUGCUCCAGCUGCCGCCAACUCGACGCUUUCAUCGCUGGCCAACGGCAUGUUGCCAGCUGGCACAGGCUAUGUGGUGCCGCAUCGUCGCUGGAAGAAUAGCCGAAGAUCCCGGAAUUUGACGCGUGGUCGCGGUCUGCCCAAGAAAGGUGGGGCCGGCGGUAAAGGUGUAUGGGGAUUGCCCGGCUCGGAGGCUCUGGCCGAGGUUUACGAGGACGAAAAUGAUCCCAACUAUGACAGCGAGGUCAACGAUCGGAAUGUGGAGCUGCGCGAGGUAAUCACCGAACUCACUCCCGAGGAGUUCUUCAAGCUGGCCGAGCCCAUUGUGCUCGAAUACUAUGAGCACGGGGAUACGCAUGAGGUGGCUGUCAGUUUCGAUGAGAUAUUGCAGAGUCCGUUGCGUGAGCAUAUCACCAGCAUUCUGGUUGAGAUUGCAAUGGAUCACAAGGACUCGCAGCGGGAGAUGACCUCGGUGUUGAUUUCCGAUCUCUAUGGCCGCGUCAUCACUGGCAAGGACAUCGAGAAGGGCUUCAACAUGGUGCUGGCCAAUCUGCCCGAUCUCAUACUGGACACACCGGAGGCGCCAGUCUUGCUGGGCAACUUUAUGGCCCGGGCAAUUGCCGAUGAUUGCAUGCCGCCCAAGUUUGUUAGCCGACCCGAGGAACACCAGCAGCUGAACGAGCAUGCCGAGCAGGCGCUUCGCCGUGCCGACGCCCUGCUCCACAAGCAGGUGUGGGCCCAUCUGGACAAUGUUUGGGGCAUGGGCGGUCCCCUGCGACCGGUGAAGACCAUUACCAAGCAGAUGACGCUCCUGCUCAAAGAGUAUCUGUCCUCCCGUGACGUUUCCGAGGCGCAACGCUGUCUUCGCGCCCUCGAGGUGCCCCACUAUCAUCAUGAGCUUGUCUACGAGGCCAUUGUUAUGACACUCGAGUCCUUGAGCCAGACCACCGAGGAGGCCAUGUGCGAGCUGCUCAAAUCGCUGGAUCUAACGUGUCUGGUUCUGCCAGCUGGCAUGGAGCAGGGCUUCAUGCGGGUCUACGAUGACAUGGCGGACAUCGUGCUGGACGUGCCAUUGGCGUAUAUAAUACUCGAUCGAUUUGUGGAGCGCUGUAAUCGUGCCGGCUUUCUAACCGACAAGAUUAUCAAUAAUGUGCCAUCGCGUGGACGCAAACGUUUUGUAUCUGAGGGCGACGGCGGACACGUUAAGCCGGCCACUUUGCCCUUACGCGACUAAGGAGCGAGGAUUGAUUGAUUCCGCAGCAGCAACAACAAAAAGCAAAUGAAAACAAAACAAAGAGACACAACAACAAUAUCACAAAAGCUACAACAACACCGAGAAGCGUGCGAGCAACAACAGCAACAACCGUAAACACCAUGAAACGUUAGGAGAGAGAACAAAUGGAAGCAAAAGCAGCAAAAAAAAGCAAAAGUUGUUUAUUUUGUUGUUGUUGCACAUGGACGAACACAGAGAGGACAUGGAUAAAAAAAAAAAAAAAAAA